AUGUCUCAAAUCCAACAAGAAGUCAAUGAAAACAGCCAAGGGGCAAGUAUCCACAUUGCAAGGCUGGAGACCGAACCACAUCGACGGGAAUUCGCCGCCAUCUCACCAAAUAUUGUUUCCAAAACACGCCAAGGGGUCAUAAUCUUUUUCAUCGUUGCAAGCAACAUGGUACAGAUGAUUUCCAACAUGGUGGGACUUGCCGCUGGCCUUGAAAUUAGUAGGGUGUUGGGUGCACCUGUUGGGCCGGGGAAAGCCAACUGGGCUGCCGCCUCUUAUCCAUUGACACAGGGCACAUUUGUGCUGGUCAGUGGCCGACUUGGCUCUGUGUAUGGUCACCGAAAUGUGUUGGUCGCCGGCUCUAUUUGGCUAGUCCUAUGGUCGUUGGUGAAUGGUUUCUGCACGACGUUCGUGUCAUUCAACGUGGUACGUGCUCUUUCGGGUAUUGGCGGGGCUUUGAUAAUGCCCAAUGCGGUUGCUUUAAUUAGCUCAACCAUCCCACCUGGUCGAUCGCGAAAUAUAACGCUCGGAUUCUUCGGGGCAUCUGCGCCGAUUGGAAGCUACCUAGGAGCUAUCUGGGCUGGAAUCUUUGUUCAAUGGACUAGCUGGAAAUGGAUCUUCUUUGGCCUGGCAAUAAUGGGCGCAGUCGUUUUCGGCGCCCUGGGAGCACUGCUGCCACCCGACCGUCCUGUUGAUCGAUACGGCAAAAUAGACUGGAUCGGUGCGCUCUUGGGCACAAGCGGACUGAUUUUGUUUAAUGUUGCGUGGAACCAAGCUCCCGCAAGCGGAUGGAAUGCUCCGUUUGAAAUUGUCAUUAUAACUGUGUCAAUCCUGUUAUUGGCGCUGUUUGGCCUUUGGGAGUACAGGUUUGCAGACACUCCGAUUAUGCCGCUGGAUAUAUGGGCAACGCCAUCAUUUGCCGUCCUCGUUUUUGUGGUCCUGUUGAGCUUCAUGUCCAAUGGGAUCUUUCUAUGGUACAUGGUCGCUUGGAUGCAGCUGUUGCGAGGAAAGACUAUACUGCAAUUUGGAAUUGAGUGGACGCCUUUCGUGAUCGUGGCAACAGCGGGCACUUUCAUUGCAGCAUGGCUCAUACCCCGGCUUGCAGCUCAGUGGAUACUAGCGAUUGGCUCCGCCACCAUCUUGAUUGCCAACAUCCUUCUAGCAACUAUGCCAGUACAACAGAUGUAUUGGGCGCAGGUUUUUCCGGCCACGAUAUUCAUGGCGUUCUGCCCUGAUUUUGUCUAUGUGGCAGCCCAGAUUGUCGCAAGUAACAGUGUCAAGCGGCGGCAACAAGGAAUCGCUGCUUCCCUUAUCGCGACCCUAAACCUCUAUGGUAACAGCCUUGGCCUUGGGUUUGCCGGCACUAUUGAGACUGAGGUCAACAAGAAGAGACCCGAUCAAGUUCUUGGAUUCCGGGCAGCCCUGUAUUUCGGCGCUGGGAUUGCAUUGUUGGCGGUAAUCCUGGAUAUGCUCUUCGUCCGAGUCAUCAAAGAUGAGCGAGAGGGUUGGAGUGACCCGGCCGAUCGAGAAGAAUUCAUAGAGGAAAGCUCCACCACGGCAAUCGAGCUGGCCACAUCAAUGGUACAUGGAGACCGGACGUAG